CAUAUAUUAUUGCAUUUGCCGUGAAAAUUUAACAAUAAGCAGAAUCGAUAAAAGCUUUUUUUUUUCUUGUCAUUGAAACACCUGAUAGAAUAACAUAGAUUUUACGAUGCUAUUACUACAUACGACGAGUAUUUCUCGCAAUUUUCUUUUCAAACUGUAAACUAUAAACACAAUGUGAGUCAGGAAAAAAUGUAACAGUCUGAAAGAAAAAAAAAGUGUGAAAUAUUUUAUAACGCUUCGUGUCUUCUAAAAUUGCAUCAAACAGCAGUUUUGUUUAACUUCAAACUUGUAACGUUUAGGAAUAUUACUUAUGAUUUACCAUGGAUGUUUGUGUGAGGACAAGAAAUGUUACGUUGAAUGUUUGUAUAGACAUCAUUCUUCUUACAAUAUUUUCAUCAUUCUUAGCAUUGUUUUCUGACUACUUAAAGCCGUACAAACGAGGAUUUUUUUGCGAUGAUGAAGACAUCAUGUAUCCACCAAAAGAAGAAAGAAUUUCAGACGAGCAAAGAUGGUAUAUAUCGGUCUUUCCUCCAAUAGCAGUGAUAAUUUUAGUGGAGUUUUACAGACAGUACAGAAGUUCUAAUGAGUGUACAGGUGGUGAUGUAAUUUUUUUUUUUGGAUGGAAUGUUCCUUACAUGUUUCAACGCGUUUAUGUAUACAGUGGAAUAUUCUUUUUUGGGAUUUUCAUGACGGAGAUGAUAAACAACACCAUUAAAUUUCUCUACGGAAGACUACGCCCAGCUUUCUUGGCGGUUUGUAGACCUGAUUUCAACUGUACUGAAGCUGCAUAUCCACAUUUCUAUGUUGAAUCUUUUUCUUGUACCAAUUCAGAUAUAGAUGAGACUAAUAUGAGAUUAUCUUUUCCCUCUGGACAUGCAGCUUUUGCGGCAUAUUCUUAUAUAUAUGUGGUGCUCUACUUACAAAAACGGCUGGACAUAGAAUCAAGUGCUCUGUUAAAGCCUUUAAUCCAAUUUUUGUUCGUACUCCUGACUAUCUUCGUUACACUUUCAAGAAUUCAAGAUAAUAGGCACCAUUGGGAUGACGUUCUGUGCGGCAAUAUAUUAGGAUUCUUUAUUUGUGCUUUAAUGAUUUUUACCCAAACAGACUUGUUCAAGCCUAAUUCUCCAACUUCAAAAGAAGUUUCCUCUCAAAAUCUUCAACUAGCAGAAACAGCUAUUUCUAAAAGCUGUCCAUAGGACUGAUACCAUUGUGUCGAUAUUCUCUGCAUAGAUGAUCUUGUAAAUAAUUCAAAUGCUUAUGUGAUAAGAAAGUGUGUAACUUCGUAUUUUAUUUAUUUAUAAAUAUAAAAAAAUUGGUUGCAAAUUCUUAAA